ACCGCGCCGCUAAUUCAAAUCGGGUUUGUUUGAUUGUUCUGUGCGGUAGAAUGGAUUCUGAAGAAAGUCCAGAAAAAGAAACCUUUGUUUCGAGACAACACUUCAGUUCCAAGAGGAUUCCCAAGAGCCUGACCCUUCUGACUCAGAGGUUUGUUAGGCUGCUGCAGGAGGCCGAGCACGGGGAGCUGGACCUGAACCACGCAUUCAAGGUUCUGGCUGUGAAACAUAUCAGAAGAAUCUACGAUAUCACAAACGUGCUGGAGGGCAUCGGUCUCAUUGUCAAAAUAUCCAAGCGCCAUGUGAAAUGGGUAGGGACACCUCUUGACAACAGAUUCAUGAACCUGAACUCUGAGCUGGAGGACUUGAAGUGGAAGGAAUCUAUACUGGACCAGCAGAGGAUGUUGGUUCAAGACGUCAUCAGGAGCCAAACAGAAGAAUGGAAAAAUCUGACCUAUGUGACCAAUGACGAUAUCUGCAACUGCUUCAGUGGUCACAUUAUUUUGGCAGUGCAAGCACCACCAGGCACCCAGCUAGAUGUUCCCAUUCCCAAAGCUGUCCCAAACUGCCCGGCAAAGUAUCAGAUCUAUCUGAAAAGCAUCAGAGGGCCUAUAGAUGUUGUCCUUCUUAACAAGAGAACUGUCAGCUCUGCUCUCGUUGUACUUCCAGUCCCACCGUCUGAAGAAAUUUUGCAGUCUGCCAAGUCGGCAAUAUCUGCGUCAGAAAAUAAAAAAAACAAUGAUGGACUCUGGGAGGCAUCAGCUUUUAUCGCAAAAAGCACUAAAUCUGAAUGGGGAGCUGAGCAGGACAUGCAGCAACUUCAAGAAUCCUCUUUUAUAAACUCUAGCCCAAACAAAACAGAAGAGUCUGCAUGUCAAAACAUUUCAAAAGAACUACAGAAUCACGUAGAUUCAUCCAAAGAAGUAAUGGAUGCAGAUCUGUUCACCCAGUUCAUUCGCUCAAAAGUGUUCCCUCCAAUCGUCCAGCUGUCUACAUCCCCAUCUAAGGCGUAAAGGUCACUGUAAUCAGGAUGAGAGUUACCUGGUUGAUAUCACGUUGUGCUGUUUUUAGGCAUCAAUGCCUACAUUUCUUCAUGAGCAAUGUUUUAUGAUGUAUGUUUGGUUUAAGUAUUUUUUUUUGUCAACAAAUAAAGUUUGAAUUAUAAUACAAAAACUGUCUUAAUUCAGUUUUAAAACCUUGCACUGAAACUGUUUUCUGCAGUGUGAAUUAUACUGCAGAAAUAUCAGACCUGUGAUGGUCUCAACCUUUACAUUAUCUGUGUUUGUGCUGGUUUAAGUGACGAGUAACAUAAACUUUGGAACUACUUAAACAGUACAAGCUUUAUUCUGUUUAUUACCAUCAAAACUGUAACUCUGCUGGGAACGGUAUGUUCAUAGACUUAAAAAUUAUGGAGUCAAAAAAUGCCAUAACUCAUUUGUUAUGAGAUGCUAACAUUGUCUACUUGUGCAGUAAAUUUAGAUAUCCUGGUUAACCUAACAAGUGUUAUUCUUUUUUUUUUUUUCUUCAAUUUUAUGGUAACACA